UUGCAUACAUUUCCUGGUCUCGCGCUGCAUAACAUUGUAGUUGUGUACCUGAAGCUUCAUUGAACAUUACGAAGUGCUAAAGAACGACAUUUAACUCAUCUUGGAUUUCAUUCAGCCUGUUGAGAAUGCAUCCUUGCGGGAGCUUCCAUCCCUCUUUUUCCUCCUCUCUCCGAUCCUCCUAUUAACUACAGCAUCCUCCCCCGACCUCCUUCUUCUCCUCAUCCCGGAGAUUGGACCACAGUACCGUGUAGCGUCUUGGCGCUGUGACGUCACGAGAACAGCAUCAGCUGUUAGCUUUGUGUGUGUGUGUGUGUCUCUGUGUCUGUGUGUGUGUCUGUGUGCGUGUGUGUGUGCGCGCUACUGCUUUAAGCCUUUUCGCUGCCCAUCGCGGCCCCGCAUAAAGUAUAAAUAUAUGAGAUCCCCUCUGCUCCUUGAAAUGGCGACACAGGAGGUACAGCUUAACGAGACUCUGGUGCAUCUGAAAACCGAGUCGGAGUCGCUCAAGUCGAAGCUGGAGGAGGAAAGAGCCAAGCUGCACGACGUCGAGCUGCAUCAAGUGGCCGAGAAGGUGGAAGGCCUGGGCCAGUUUGUCAUGAAGACACGAAGAACUCUGAAAGGACAUGGCAACAAAGUUCUGUGCAUGGACUGGUGUAAGGACAAGAGGAGGAUCGUCAGCUCUUCACAGGACGGAAAAGUGAUCGUGUGGGAUGCCUUCACUACCAACAAGGAGCAUGCCGUGACGAUGCCUUGCACCUGGGUCAUGGCCUGCGCCUACGCCCCGUCCGGCUGUGCUGUAGCUUGUGGUGGCCUGGACAACAAAUGUUCAGUGUAUCCUCUGUCCCUGGACAAAAACGAGAACCUGGCUGCAAAGAAAAAGUCGGUCGCCAUGCACACAAACUACUUGUCCGCUUGUAGCUUCACCAACUCGGACAUGCAGAUCCUAACUUCCAGCGGGGACGGGACGUGUGCAUUAUGGGAUGUCGAGAGCGGCCAGUUGUUGCAGAGUUUCCAUGGCCAUGCGGCAGAUGUGCUGUGUCUGGAUUUGGCACCCUCCGAGACCGGGAACACUUUUGUCUCAGGGGGCUGCGAUAAGAAGGCCAAUGUGUGGGACAUGCGUUCGGGACAGUGCAUCCAGUCUUUUGAAACUCAUGAAUCUGACAUCAACAGCGUGCGUUACUAUCCCAGCGGAGAUGCAUUUGCGUCUGGCUCAGAUGAUGCCACAGCCGACUUCUUUUUGGUGGCUACAACGACUACACCAUUAAUGUCUGGGAUGUUCUCAAAGGAACACGGGUGUCAAUUCUGUUUGGACACGAGAACCGUGUCAGCACAUUGCGGGUGUCCCCGGAUGGGACGGCUUUCUGCACGGGCUCAUGGGACCACACUCUUCGGAUCUGGGCUUGAGGGCUUGGACAUGGAUGAAAUAAAGUCAGACAGACGAGAAGCCCUGCGGACACAAAGACCUUUCUGUUUGCUUGUGUACAAUCACAGAAAUGGACACUUGCUUUGUGGUUGUACAUAUCAAAAGCAUUGUUUGUACUUUAGUCUCACAGCCAGGUUAGAUUAACAUAUCACUUUGAACAAUUAAGCCAAAUGAUUGGAUAAAACUGCACAGAAGGACCUAAGAUAGACAACAAAACGUGUUGAAAUGUGUUUGGUGAAAAAAAAAACACUUGUAGUGAAUAGCAUUCUAGGAUAGAAGUGACACAAUAAAGUGAUGUGUUGUAUGUGCCACAUAAAGGGCAUUGUUUGUUAAUUAUUACCGGUAAUUGUUUUACAGAAGAAUAACGAUUUUAUUGGUAUGCCUAAUGCUGAUGAAUACACAGUACAGUAUGUAGACGUGAAAGAAAGCAAAUCAAUGUCGAAUAACCUGUUCCCACAGAAAGCAUCUUUCAAUAUUAAAAGAAGCUAAGCUGCCAAUAUUUUUGAAAUAAGCACAGUAAAAUGAGAAGUUAUGGCAUAUUCAGUUUUUCUUCAUCACCAUGAAUUUUAUUUGCCAUGUUUCUACACGUGUAAGCCAUCGAGGCUCAAUCAAUGUGCAUAUCCAGUCACAUAUGUGUGGUCCACACUAGAAAUCGAAAUGCUAAUAAAUGGAAUGUACUAAUUUCCAUGCAGUUGUCCAAAGGCUGUAAUUUCACAUUAACUGUAAUUAUUUUAUUGUAGUUUAGUGUACAGUUAUAAAUUGCUUGUUUAUCAGAUAUUAUCAUAAUUAUCAUAAUAAUAAACUGCGUUUGAAUAUCA